CUCCAGCCAUUGGUGUCUGUGUCAUUACUAAUAGAGUCCUGUAAACACUCGUUAAUCACGUAAGGCCGCCGGCCCAGGGCUCCGCAAGCCAGCCUGUGGCGGGUCUUCCCCGCCUCUGCAGCCUAGUGGGAAGGAGGUGGGAGGAAAGAAGGAAGAAAGGGAGGGAGGGAGGAGACAGGCCAGUGGGAGGGACCGCCUCAGAGGCAGAAGCGCCGCGAGGAGCCAGCGGAGCACCGUGGGCAGGGGCGCAGCCACCCGCGCGCGGCUCCUCGCGCCCCCUAGCCCUUUCCCAUCGCGCCCCCCCGGCAACCCCCAGUGUCUGUCCCCAGGCAGCAUGGUGAGGUUGGCUGUCGGGCCCUCGCCACCAUGUACGUGAGCUACCUCCUGGACAAGGACGUGAGCAUGUACCCCAGCUCCGUGCGCCACUCUGGCGGCCUCAACCUGGCCCCGCAGAACUUCGUCAGUCCCCCGCAGUACCCGGACUACGGCGGCUACCAUGUGGCGGCCGCGGCUGCAGCGGCCGCGAACUUGGACAAUGCGCAGUCCCCGGGGCCAUCCUGGCCCGCAGCCUACGGCGCUCCGCUCCGGGAGGACUGGAACGGCUACGCGCCGGGGGGCGCCGCGGCCGCCGCCAACGCCGUCGCGCACGGCCUCAACGGGGGCUCGCCGGCCGCCGCCAUGGGCUACAGCAGCCCCACCGACUACCACCCGCACCAUCACCCUCACCACCACCCGCACCACCCAUCCGCCGCACCUCCCUGUGCCUCCGGAUUGCUGCAGACUCUCAACCCCGGCCCUCCCGGGCCCUCCGCCACCAACGCCGCGGAACAGCUGUCCCCCGGCGGUCAGCGGCGAAACCUGUGCGAAUGGAUGCGGAAGCCCGCGCAGCCGUCCCUCGGAAGCCAAGUGAAAACCAGGACGAAAGACAAAUAUCGGGUGGUGUACACGGACCACCAGCGGCUGGAGCUGGAGAAGGAGUUCCACUACAGUCGCUACAUCACCAUCCGGAGGAAAGCCGAGCUGGCCGCCACACUGGGGCUCUCCGAGAGGCAGGUUAAAAUUUGGUUUCAGAACCGCAGAGCGAAGGAAAGGAAAAUCAACAAGAAGAAACUGCAGCAGCAACAGCAGCCCCCACCAUCUGCACCCCAGCCUCCCCAGCCACAGCCAGGUCCUCUGAGAAGCGUCCCAGAGCCCCUGAGUCCUGUGUCUUCCCUGCAAGGCUCCGUGCCUGGCUCUGUUCCUGGGGUUCUGGGGCCCACUGGGGGGGUAUUGAACCCCACUGUCACCCAAUGACCUACAGUGGCCUGCAGCAGCAGAGCAAUUCCAGGCUGAGCCAUGAGGGACAUGGACUCCGCUCAAAUCCUCAGGAGAGACC